AUGCCUCGAACAACUACGGCUGCGUCUCGCCCGGAGCCUGUUGCUCUGGCUCCUAAUGCUGGGCGUGGACCCCCCGCCCUAACUACUAGUGGUGCAAAAAGCACCGUCGUUCCUAUUAAGGAUGCUGAUGGCAAGUAUCCUUGCCCUCAUUGCACCAAGUCCUACCUCCAUGCCAAGCACUUGAAGCGCCAUCUCCUUCGCCAUACUGGUGAUCGCCCUUAUGCGUGUGUGCUUUGCCAAGAUACCUUUUCUAGAAGUGAUAUUUUGAAGCGCCACUUCCAAAAGUGCUCCAUUCGCCGUGGAAAUCCCAACGGAGUGAGCCACUUGUCCCACCCUCAGGCUCAUGCUAUGAAUCAUGCUCGGGCUGGGAAGGCUGGUGGUCUCGACAAGGAGGAUGACAAGAACCACUUUCAUGGGUUGAACAACAUGCCCUCCGACUGCCUGGCUUAUCCUUUUGACAUGCCCCCCUUUUCUGACGGCAUAAAAAACGAGACCAGUGACAAAAAUUAUGCUUCUCGUUCCGCCGGCGACAACCCUGACCCAAAUGACAAUGCCCCUAACAUGGGUGUGCCUCAGCCCUAUGGGCUCAUGUUCUUAACUCCAUAA